CUUCCAAUGUGGGUCUGGGGCAAAUUCUAGUCCUCCCAAUCCCUGCUCGGCGCAGGCAAUUCAAACUGACAGCGGGUUAGAAAAGCAGAGAAAGCGGAAGAAAGAGCAAAAUUCGGCGUGUUCGCUGACUGACUCCAGCUCCAGCGCGAACUGAGCCUAUUCCGAGGCCUCUCCCCCUCCACCUCGCUACACCGCUGCUCACUUCGGAGCGACCGCUGUGGAAGAGACCUUACGGGUUACGGGCCGCAAGUGCGAGAGCUCGGCCGGGAGAGGACGCCGAGGGCCGUGGUGCAAGGGAGAAAGCCCACGGGCGAGCUCCGAGAAGAGGGCGCGGGACGGGGCCAGAGCCCGCGUGGAAAGGGCUGAGGGGCGUUGAAUCCUACGAAGAAGCCGCGUGGAGCUGAGCAGGAAUUGGAGCGCUCUGCGGGCGGAGCUCGCGCUGGGAGUGGUCAGAGAGGCGAGGCUUUAAAGGGAAGAAGCCCGCUGGGAACUGGGAAAUCGCCCAAUUCCCGAGCCGGGGUCGGAGCUGAAGAUUCUUGAAGACCAGAGAAAGUAAAACCUGUUGCGGAAGUUUCCCUUCAACUCCACUUGUCUCUCCCCACCUUGAACUCCAUUUCCCUUCCCUCCCCAAGUCAAAAGGAAGUAAAAUUUGCUCUUCCUACUCAAUAAAUACUAAGUUUCCCUUUCCACCAGGAAAAUAGGACUCUCUUCCCAGAUUUAGAGCGUAGAGAACGAGAGGCCUUCCGUCUUGAUUGUUAGCCUGAGGAAAUCAAAGUUUCCCCUUUCAAAAUUCUGCACCUCUUUCAACGUGGGACGCUAGCUAUGUCUACCAACAACUGUACUUUCAAAGACCGAUGCGUAUCCAUCCUGCGUUGCAAAUUCUGUAAACAAGUUCUCAGCUCUAGGGGAAUGAAGGCUGUUUUGCUGGCUGAUACUGACAUAGACCUUUACUCUACAGACAUCCCUCCUACCAACACAGUGGAUUUCAUUGGAAGAUGCUAUUUCACAGGAAUCUGCAAAUGUAAACUGAAGGACAUCGCAUGUUUGAAAUGUGGGAACAUUGUAGGCUACCACGUGAUUGUUCCAUGUAGUUCCUGCCUUCUUUCCUGCAACAACGGACACUUCUGGAUGUUUCACAGUCAGGCGGUUUAUGGUAUAAACAGACUAGAUGCCACUGGUGUAAACCUUCUACUUUGGGGCAAUUUGCCAGAGACAGAAGAAUGUACAGAUGAAGAAAUGCUAGAGAUUUCAGCAGAAGAGUAUAUUCGAUGAAAGAAUUAUGAUGUAUAUUGAAGUAUUUUAUAACUUUUCUAUUUAAAGUAUUUAAUUGGUCAAUUUUAACAUUGCUAGUAAAGAUUUGCCGGUGGUUUAAAAUGCCA